CAUUUGGGCGCGACCCUCUUCUUGGCGUAGAGUUAUGAUUGCUCCUGGGAACCAUGCCGAAAGUCGUGUCUCGGUCAGUAGUCUGCUCUGACACUCGGGACCGGGAGGAAUAUGACGACGGCGAGAAGCCCCUCCAUGUUUACUACUGUUUGUGCGGCCAGAUGGUCCUAGUGCUGGGUGAGUAGCUGGGAACUGCGGGGGCGUCUGCCAGGAGCCAGCCAGACUUCGGGUUCUUGAAGGCGAAUUUCCUCUGACUGUGAUCUGGGAACCACUUCUCGACGAAGAUUGACUGCCAGUUAGAGAAAUUGCCCAUGAGGCCCCGGGACCGGUCCCGUGUGAUUGAUGCUGCCAAACAUGCCCAUAAGUUUUGUAACACAGAAGACGAGGAGACUAUGUAUCUGCGGAGACCUGAAGGCAUUGAACGACAGUACAGGAAGAAAUGUGCAAAGUGUGGACUGCCGCUCUUCUACCAAUCCCAGCCGAAGAAUGCUCCCGUUACCUUCAUUGUGGAUGGAGCGGUAGUCAAGUUUGGCCAGGGCUUUGGGAAGACGAACAUAUAUACCCAGAAACAAGAGCCUCCUAAGAAGGUGAUGAUGACCAAACGGACCAAAGACAUGGGCAAGUUCAGUUCUGUCACUGUGUCUACCAUUGAUGAAGAGGAAGAGGAGAUUGAGGCCAGGGAAGUUGCUGACUCAUAUGCACAGAACGCCAAAGUGAUUGAAAAACAGCUGGAGCGCAAAGGCAUGAGCAAGAGGCGACUGCAAGAGCUGGCUGAACUGGAAGCCAAGAAAGCGAAAAUGAAGGGGACCUUGAUUGACAACCAAUUCAAAUAACCAGGCCUUUUUCUGAGCCCUAGACUGGAGGCAAGCAUUUAGAUCAGGAGGCAGAGUAAUUUCUUUUUUUUUUUU